GCACGCACGAUACAGAUACACAGACACACACUUGUGUUCUCACAGCUGCCGUGAGUGACCGGUUGCCAUUGGCCAGGCCCACCAACCCUCUGCCUGUCCGAUCUGAAGAACAGGACCAUUUGGGAAAGAAGGAGAAAGAGCAGGACAAUGGUAAUGUUGGUGUGGGGACUUCUUGUCCUGAGUGUGGCGGCAGCCUCUCCCCCCAGAUAUACCCGGCAAACAGAACUGGACAACUACGACAGCGGACACUAUGAUGGGGGUCUAGAUCUGAACAACGAAAACCUCUACGACUAUGGAAUUGAUGAAUCACAGAUUAGCAACUUUAAUCCCGAUGAGGACUCUGACCCUUCACAUAGUGCCUAUAUAGAGGAGGAAGAAGAAGAGGUGGCACAAAACCCAAAUCAACGUUGGACAGUUGAAGAUAGAGAAGACACUGAAGUACCCAUAACGCCUCAUCUUAUCCAAUCAGGGUCUGGGGAGUCAGGAACUCUGAUGGGCCCUAUCGCAAAGGGAGAGGAGGAGCUUCGUCUGACGGCCAUUGACAUCCUUCAGAUUUCUGGAGACAUUUCGGGUUCUGGUGAAAUGAACUCUGGAGCCUUUGGGGACUCGCUCAGUGAAAAAGCUUCCGGGUCUGGAGAGAUUUUGGGCUCUGGGGGUUCUAUAGCCUCUGGUGACAUUUUGAGUUCUGGGGUCUCAGGGGAUUUAGGCUCUGGAGUUUCUGGGCUUUCUGGUUCAGGCCUUAUAUUGUUCUCAGGUGGAGAGGAGGAGCUCCUAACAUUUGGAAUCACUUCACAAGAGGCGUCUGGGGAUUUUGGAGAGUCUGGGUUUUUGGGGGAGUCUGGGUUUCCCGGAGAGUUUGAGGGACCUGGGGCUUCUGGAGUUCCUGGGGUGUCCGGAGAGUCUGGGGCCUCUGGGUUUCCUGAUGUGUCCGGAGAGUCUGGGGCUUCUGGGGUUCUUGAAGUAUCCGGAGAGUCUGGGGCUUCUGGAGUUCCUGGGGAGUCUGGAGAGUCUGGUGCUUCUGGGGUUCCUGAAGUAUCCGGAGAGUCUGGAGCUUCUGGGGUGUCCGCACAGUCUGGGGCUUCUGGGGUUCCUGAAGUGUCUGGGGCUUCUGGGGUUCCUGAAGUGUCUGGAGAGUUUGGUGCUUCUGGUGUUCCUGAGUUGUCUGGGGCCUCUGGGGUUCCUGACGUUUCUGGAGCAUCUGGGAGUUCUGGUGUUGGGGAGAUGUCUGGGACCUCUGGUGAACCUGAAUUGUCUGGAGAGUCUGGAGCCUUUGAAAUUAUUGAGAUAUCUAAAGAGCCAUGGACUUCAGGGGAACCAGAGGUGUCUGGGACCUCUGGGGUGCCCGGAGAACCUGGUACCUCCGGGAUGCUCGAGGUGUCUGGAACCUCUGGGUUGCCCGAGGUGUCUGGAGAGCCUGUAACUACAGGGGUGCCAGUUGAGCCUGAGCCCUCUGAGGAACCUGGGGAGUCUGGGGAGAUUGAGGUCCCUGAGGAGCCCGUGGUGACUGAAUCCCCAGAAGUCACAACAGAAAUAUUAUUACCUGAACUAGAGGAAGACGGGGAGAUAUUCCUAACAACCCUGACCACUCCCCAGGAGGGGACUCAGGGUGAAAUAGGGUCAGGGUUACCUGAAAUUGACCCAUACAUACCAGGUAUGUCUACCUGUGUGCUGUGUAUCUGUCUGGUUGGAUCCGUGUACUGUGAUGACCUCAGACUUGACCGUGUUCCACCCCUUCCCAAAGAAACCACUCAUUUCUAUGCCCGCUACAAUAAAAUUGCCAAGAUAAGCAAGUCUGACUUCGCCAACCUGAACAAGUUAAAGAAAAUUGAUCUGACAAGCAAUGCCAUUUCCAAGAUUGACGACGAUGCUUUCUCUGGCCUUCCUGCUUUGGAUGAGGUGAUAUUAAGAGAGAACAAUAUCAGACAACUUCCUGCCCUGCCACCCUCUAUGACACUUAUUGAUGCUUGCCACAACCAGCUGGGCAGCACUGGCAUCCAAAGAGAAGCGUUUAAGGACAUGCCAGGGCUACUUUACCUCUACUUGACAGACAACAACAUUGACCACAUCCCAGUUCCUUUGCCCCACAGUCUGCGCUCCUUGCACCUGCAGAAUAACAAUGUCCAGAUGAUGCACGAUGACACUUUCUGCAAUCCACAUGAUUUAAACUACAUCCGCAAUCCCCUGGAGGACGUUCGCCUGGACGGUAAUCCCAUCAACCUCAGCAGAACCCCACAAGCAUUCAUAUGUUUGCCACGUAUACCUGUUGGUAACCUUAUUUAAAAUGAAACACACUCAAACGCACACAUGCAAAACUCACACGUAUGCACAUGCAUCAAAACUCCUCUGUGAGAACUUGUUUUUAAAGUUGGGCUCGUGCAAACACUUGGAUAUGAAUGGAUGUCUUUUAAAAGAAGUUGGCAUGAAUGCAUGAACAGACUCAUACUUUCACAGGAGAACUGGUGGACACUACUAUGCCUUUGCUGCUUGUAUUUAUACACACAGUAUGAAUUCAUAUCACAAUUUAGGAUGCUUGUAAUCGCAUUUGAAUGAAAGACAAAAGGAUUUUGUUCAACUGAGAGAGACCGUUGACAAUAAAUCUCUCCUAGAAAAGAAAACCAUGCAUCACUUUGAAUCAGUCUUUUAUUUAUCAAAUACUAACAAACCUGAAAAAUUGAUGCAAGUAAUUUACAAAGGCAGAUAUCUCAGUUUCAUUUAAUAAACAAAACAAAAAAAACAUAUUUUUGUGUGUGUUAUAACCUACUUGGUGCCUGUUUUGGCCUGGUUGCAAUAGCCAGGGAAAACUGUUAAAAAAUUUGUAAAAAAUAAUGAAAUAUUGUUGAUAUUCAUAAGGAAUUUAACAAAUGUUCAUGAUAAGAUUACGGUUUCGAAAGGUCAAUGCAAUAAAACAAAGCAUUCUAACAAUUAAUAUGUUUUAAAGUCUGUAAUGUAAUAUAAAAUAUAUAAGCUGUCUUUUUUGUUACAAAAACUGCAAUAUUUUAGUGUUUAACCUAUCAAGUUGUUGUUAUGACCAUGUUUAUGUCCAUAUUAUGGCAUUCGCACACUUAAAAACUGUUGUACUGGCUAAAGGGGUUUAAGAAU